UUGGCAACUACUUUCAGAUGCACAUUGGGUAACCGCCACAGUUAGCAACCAGAGUCUUUUUUUUCAUCCUAAAGGUGGCUUAAUUUUGUCCAUUACAGACUUUUUUUUUAUUUUAUCCCGUAUAUAAAUGUAUGUAGUUUACCAGAGACGACGUGUUGGAGCGGCUCCGAUAAGAUAAAACAAAAAAAAACAAAAAAGAGGCGCGCUUUCUCACAUUAGCUUAUCAGCUAGCUGCGAACGCCAGUAAGUUCGAGUUGGGCUGCAAGAAAAAAAUGUGUAAAGUCAGAAUUCUGAGGGAGUUGGUGAAGCAGCGACUAAAUGUGGCCGUCGAGGAGAUAUUCGGACUCUUCGAGGGAACCAUUGCCGAGUACGAGGAGGAACUUUGUCGAACAAGAGAGGAGAACGAGCGACAACGAGUACUGCUCGACAACGUUUUCAUACACGCAGCAGACGUCCAACAGGUGUUAGUGGUGAGUCAAGAAGAAGUUCCCCUUGAUUCUGAGCAGCAGCAGCAGCAGCAGGAGCAGGAGGAGGAUCCAGCAGAGCCCGCCCAAAUUAAGAAGGAAGAGGAGGACGGGUGGAGCAAUCCCGGGCAGGAGGCAGCCGACAUCAGCUCGUUGACAGUCACCGGUGUCCCCGUCAAGUGUGAAGAUGACGGAGUCCGCAGUCAAAGCGGAGCGGAGCCCGCGAGCACCGGCUCGUUCGCGCCGAUGUCAGACGUUGACGACGCCAUGUCUUCUGACACCGAUAACAGCGACGAUGCCAAAAAAGCGAAGGCUAAAAAGAAGUCUAAAGGUGAUAAGACGCAUCACAACAACAACCAAGACUUUAAAUGCUUUCAAUGCGGGAAGACGUUCGCCCACAAGGGAAGCUUGAAAAUCCACAUGAUCACGCACACCGGAGAGAGGCCAUUCGCUUGUUCCAUUUGCGCCAAGAGAUUCUCCUUGAAGCAUCACAUGCAAAGACACAUGAGAAUCCACACUGGGGAGAAUCCCUUCUCCUGCUCGGUGUGCUCCAAAGGCUUCGCCGACAAGUACAAACUGAUCAUGCACACGAGCACGCACACCAACGUCAAACCUUUCACUUGCUCCAUUUGUAAGAAAAGCUUCUACAGCAGGGAAUGCCUUAAGUUACACAUCACGAUGCACAUCAGGGAGAAGCCGAGUCAGUCGACGGACGGUGGAUCACAAAGUGACGGAAAGAAAGAACCCGCGGCGGCUAACAACAACAACGACGACAGCCAUCCAUUCAUCUGCUUGGAGUGCGGCAAAAUGUUCGUCCAGAAGGGGAACUUGAACCGACACAUGCGAAUACACACCGGGGAGAAACCUUUCGCUUGCCCCGUUUGCAGCAAAAGAUUCCGGGAUAAGUCCGAAAUGAUAAAGCACAUGAUGGUGCACACAGGGGAGAAACCCUUUCCUUGCUCGGUUUGCACCAUGAGCUUCCGAUACAGGGCCGGGUUGAAAAAGCACCUGAAGAAACACUCCGGAGAAAAACAUUUCACCUGCAGGGUUUGUACAAAAGGCUGCUCCAGUUUAGCGUCGCUCAUAUCACACACGAAAGAACACUCACUUGGCACCUCGAGUCAAAUCGCGACAACAGAAGCUGACUCACGAGACGUCAACAACAUCGCCGCGUCAUUGAAUAUGGGUGACGAAAAGCUCAACUCUCCCGAGACAGACACCGAAGAACCCCCAAAGACGUACUCUGACCCAAAUGACGCCGACGCCGAGCGGCUCCACUGCUACCAAUGCGCCAAAACAUUCCAGCACAGGUCUCACUUCAUCCGUCACCUGAAAAAGCACACCGGAGAGAGAUCCUUCAACUGCACUCUCUGCGCCAAAGUCUUCUCCAGAAAGUCGGACAUGAAGAUCCACAUCCGGGUGAAGCACACGGGCGAGAGGCCCUUCGCCUGUUCCGUCUGCGGCAAAGGGUUCGCCGUCAAGAAGUACAUGACUUUGCACAUGAGGAGACACAGCGGGGAUAAACCGUUCGCCUGCCUGCUGUGUCCCAAACGGUUCACCACCAAAGCGGAGAUGAAGAGACACACGAGGACGCACACGGGGGAAAAAAAAACGGGUGCCGCGGACGAUUCGCCAGCGAGAGGAUGCUCGACAAUCACACGUGUGUGCCGGUGACGACAGAUGAAGCUGCGGGACCUAAAGAGAUCACGUGGACUUCAAAUGCGAUCAUUGAAAUGAACAUUUUAUAUACUUUAAACUAGAAAACUGUCUACAGUAAUCCCUCGCCAUUCGCAUCCUGCCACAAAUAGCAAAAGGUUAUUGACAACCCCCCCGUUACGCUUAGAAUUGCGUAUAUACAUAGUUUGAAAUGUAAACAUGCAACAAUAUAGAAUCCCUCAACAGUUUAAUAUCACAUCAAGCUCAUGUUACAAUAUUACAGCAAACAUACGUGUUCCAGAUCCACAUGCACUUUAGAGAGACUAUAUAUAUAUAUAUAUAUAUAUAUAUAUAUAUAUAUACACAUUAUUGUUGUACUUUAAGCGCAUGUAAAGAUAUAAAAACACACUAACUUAUUAAAACACACUUUUUAAAGUAUUCCCUAGCACCUGUCGUCACUCGUCGAGAAAUGGGAAACUGUCAUAUAACAUCACUUUGAUCAAAUGAAAAGAAGACUCUUGCUCGCACAGUUCUCCAAACAAAGAGACUUCAAGCUGUUUAUUUGCCUCUCCCAGUUGAUGUGUUUACUAUAAAACACAGUGUCAAGUAAAUGACUGAAUAUGAAAGGUGAGCCUCAACCAAUCCUUUAUUUAAGAUAGUCUGUUUUUUUUGUUUUUUUUUACCUUGAUGGUCCAUCUUCAUUCCCCGUGGUUCAUUUUUUACAAAAACUGUAUUCUGUGUUUUUACUCAACUUUCUCUACUAAAGACCAUUUAAAAAGUGGAAGACAUAUUAUAAUUUCUUUGUUUUUCGUUUUUUUUAAAUCAGUUUUACAUUUUGAGUACACAAUAUCUACUACCUCCUCAUAGAUUGUCAACAAUACUUCAGUCGAAGAGAAAAUGAACUUUAUUGGUGCCAAAAUCAGCUUCUUUGGACCCAUGCGGCUGCUUUUUUUUUUUUUGUUUUUGUUUUUUGUUGCAGUCGUUGACAGCUUUGUACUUCAGUGCUUUCUAUGGAAAAAAGGUUUCGAAGAUCUCAAUGACAUACCGCUUUUCCCAUGAGUAUCCAAUAGAAAGGUCACCUAUUUUUGGGGCAAGCCUCUGAGCACCGACCACAGCAUCUCUUAAAUCUCCUCCAAUGGGUACAUCUGAUUGAAAAUGCUCUUUUUGUUACUUCCCUACCUUCAAUAAAAAAUAUAUAUUUUUUAAAUUAUUCAAAUGCAAAGUUUUAAGUUAAGAGCAAAAGACUUUAAAGAACGUGUUUCCCUAAAACUGAAAAGAAACAUUGGUACAAGAGGGGGCUUGCAAAAAUGCAAAUAUUUGAAAUACCAAGCUCGGAAGUGUUAUCCAGCAGGUACCUCACCUGGCAGAAGUGCCUUUGAAGCCUCUGUCCAGUGGGUGACUAACUUCCUGAAAUAAAACAAAGGCAAAUAAAUGUGCAACUUGAUACAACAAACAGAAUGUAUCAACAUUCUUCAGUCAAACAAAUUAUACAGUUGUGCAGUACCGACUUGCCAAGGUCAAAGUUUUCCGUCAGUACUACCGUAAUUUCUCGUUUUUAAUGCACAUUUUUUUCUGAAAAAAAAAUUGGCAAUAGUGAGCAUUAUACAUAGUUAUCGGAAAAAUCGGAGGAUUUGAAAUCUUAAUUUAUGUUACAAAAGUUGUCCGAUUCCUUUGCACUUCCUUUCCAUCUUGUGUCAUCAUUGGACCAGUUAAAUUAUCUGGCCGCUUGUUAUUUAACAUCAUUGUAUUUUAACGCAAUAGAAGAUGUGCAAUUUUCAUGAAUGCAUUUUCCUUUUAUGAUAAAUUCAGUCGGGAUCAGGCGUGAUGUAAAUGUAUUGUGGAGAUAUUUGAUUUACUGUCCUGCAGAAGGUGCUUAAUUAAUGUGUCUAACCUUACACUGUAAAAAAAAAAAAAAAAAUCUAUGUAAUUAUAAAAGAAUUUAGAGAAGCAAUGCUAUGCCGUGGAUGGCGAAUGUGAGCUGGACCACUUUCUAAAGUCAACUUUUCGAUCGUGUUUCACUGAAGACAAAAAAAACGGUUCUAGCGAAUAAUAUCGAUGAACAUCUACAGCGCUCCAGGCGCGACAUGGGAAUUUUAUUUCGGCCGCAAUAUAGUUGUGACAUGCACACAAAUCGCUAAUAUGGUCACAAAAUAGUUGUCAUUUGCUCACCAAAUACUAAUUAGCGGGUUUGUUAUUAUUACGACGAUUAACUCGGCAAACUGCAAUUCCC